AUUCCCGAUUUUUAAUUUGAAUAGUUUUUUGCAGGAGAUGAAUAUAUUGACUCUGACUUUCAUUUUUUGGGUGGAUUUUUAUGCGCGAAAUCGUUAAUGUCUAGUGCUGCUGUAAUUAAAUAGCAGCUACGCUUCAUUGGCAGUUCACAUUUAUCUACCUCGGACGCUAGUGUUGACUUUCUUUCUGAAAAUGAAUAAUCUGGGAAACGUCGUUAAUGCCUCUCGUCGUGCGUGUUAUUGCAAUCAGUUCCAGACUGUACUCAGUAAAGUUCGUAGUGCCGUUAGAACACAGAAGCAGCAGAAGGACAAAGUGCUGCAGAAUUUGACCGCGGAAAAAACUGCAAAAGUUUUUCCUUUACGUGGAUUUGUCGGUCCUGCUGGCGAGCGCAACGCGGCCUGUCUCAAGAAAAAUCCAUCACUCCAGCUGUUUCUCGUUACUGCGCCGAGUCAGGAACUGCCUAGUGUAUUCAACGGUAUUAAUUAUCAGGAUUCACGCUUGUCUGGGUUGCAAAACCAGAUCGUGGUGGACGCGACUAUGCCACCUCAGCGAAUGGAACGAUCUGCGGAUAUGCGCAUCGAAACGGAUCAAGUGGAAUGUGUGGUGCAGGAAUGUUCUGACAAAGCCCGUCAGAGUCUUUGUGAUCUGUUUCCGGGAGGAUUUCCCGAAGAAGCUCAUGGAAAGCUUACGGCCGUCAUUGUUAGCCAUAAAACCAAGAACGAUAUGAGUAUAUGGUCAACGGACAUGGAAUUGGAGCGUGAGGAACUGACCGCUCAAUUCGUGGAGAUUGCUAAGGAAAUCGUGGAAGCCUUGAAAGAAAAUAGUGUCUGGGGAGAUUUCAUUGACCCAUCCUCCGGCCGUCCCUACUUCAGCCCUUACACGAAUUCCACCAUGUUCGAAACGGAUGACCGGUACAGACAUUUCGGGUUUACGGUGCAGGAUCUUGGAUGUUGCAAAUGCUUAGAGCAUCCUAUUUGGGGCCCCAAUGCCUUUGUGGGUUGCAUUCUGACGUCAGCAUCCACUAGCCAUCCGAUCUUGAAAGAAAUCCUCCAGGCUCAUGUGGAAUGAUUGCAACUGUAUCAAUGUUACUCGAUUGUUGGUUCGGGAAAGAGUGAUUACCGGUGUAAUAUUUUUUGUGCUAUUUCAGCCUAUUUGGAUAAUUUGGUUUUAACAGAGCUUUAUAAUGAUACGGAAUAUUGUACGAUUUCGUUAGAAAUUUCGCAGGUUGUUAAUCUUACCAUAAGUUCAUGGUCAUAUUCAGAAGUAACAGAAUAGUAAAUUUCAUUAAGUAAUUAGCGCUAGACGUUCUCCUGUAUUUACCUCGUAGCUCGCUUGUGUUUGUUCUCUGCUUACAAGUUAGGGAAAUGUACGGUGACGUUAUGAGAAAUAUGAAUCUUCGUUAAUUAAACCUUACUUACUGUCG